AGACAGGACUUUUUAAACGAGUGAACCAAUAGUGCUACACCGUCCUUGAACUGAGAAAAAUAAAUUUUCGAUGACGAUCAGGAAGUGUCAUUUAUCUAUUUUAUCUAAAUAAAGCAUGUCAGAAUCGUACGAUUUCCUGUUCAAAUUUCUGGUGAUAGGAAGUGCAGGGGCUGGAAAGUCAUGUAUUUUACAUCAGUUCAUUGAAAACAAAUUUAAGCAAGAUUCCAACCACACAAUAGGUGUCGAGUUUGGCAGCAAGGUUGUGAAUGUAGGGGGCAAGUCAGUGAAGCUGCAGAUAUGGGACACAGCUGGCCAGGAGAGAUUCAGGUCAGUAACUAGGAGCUAUUACCGUGGAGCCGCAGGUGCCUUGUUGGUGUAUGACAUUACAAGUCGUGAGACCUACAAUGCUCUGACCAACUGGUUGACAGACGCUCGCACGCUUGCCAGUCCGAACAUUGUGAUAAUACUUGUGGGCAACAAAAAGGACUUAGAGGCAGAAAGGGAGGUCACCUUUCUUGAAGCAAGCAGAUUUGCUCAGGAAAAUGAGCUGCUGUUCCUUGAAACUAGUGCAUUAACAGGUGAAAAUGUGGAGGAAACGUUUCUCAAAUGUGCCAGACAGAUAUUGACCAAGAUUGAAUCAGGUGAGCUGGACCCAGAAAGAAUGGGCUCUGGGAUCCAGUACGGGGACACGUCCAUUAGGCGCCAGCACCGACCACCGCCCACCUCGUCACGGCCUGAUUGCUCUUGCUAGCUCUCGCGUUCUUGCACACGCUUGCUGGAACACACUAUAAAGGGUGAGUUGGACCCAGAGAGAAUUGGCUCUGGCAUACAGUAUGGUACGGGUUCCCUUGGUAGAUUCAAGAGACACGACACAAAAACAAAACCAGACUGUGCCUGUUAGCAAACCUCUGUGUACAGUGAAACAUUCCUACCUUCCACGAUCUUCAGAAACCCCAAAGGUGCACCGUUGUUUGCUGAUUAACUCUGUAAUAGCAUCUGGGCCAACUGUUUGUGUAUUUUGGACCCGCUUUGACAUGUCAUGUUAGUUUAUGGUAUUUUGUUUGAAACGUCACGUUAGUUUAGACAGUGUUGUCAUCUGAAAGCCAAUUGGCUAUAAACCUUCUUUGUCUUUCGACAGACAAAAUGAAAAUGUAAUACUUGCAUAGAUGUAUCGAAAAUGUGUUAAUGCAAUUAUUUAAUAUGAAAGUCUUAAAAAUGUUCAUGACAUUGAAGCGUACAUAUUCAUGAUUACAGAUUUCAUUAAUGAAUUUUCACGUACUAUGGGGACUAUGAGACCCCACAGUUGAAAUAAUUAUCACUUAUACGGUAAUUAGCAAAUAUAAAAUAAAACUUGAUUGCACUCAGUAAAAGAAGGAUGUUCGUUUUGGACCAGGCUUGAAAGAAGUUAUUUUGAAUCAUGAUCAAUAUCAAUUAGAAAUUGUAUUUGACGUAAAACACUUCAAUGCUGUUUCAAGAGUGUUACAGAAGAAUAUUUGUUUAAAAAAAAUCAAAAACAUCAGGCUUUCAACCCAAAGGUGUUAAAACUGUGUUGUGACUAUGCUUCCAAUGUUAUUGUUAGCUUAUUGCAGUUGAUAACUAGGUUCUGAUUACUGUUUACAUGUAUAUCAAUGUUGCUUUUCAAAAUUUCAUCAAUACAUUAUAAUCCAACAGAAAGAAAUAUGAAUAUUUUCAUUAUAUUUAUUUUAGAUAAAAAUCGGCGAUUAUUUAAUGGGAUUGAAUAUCCAUUUUGAAUCUCUGCAAAAAGAUGUUUAUGGCCAUCUGUUAAAGUGCUCAAUCACUUUUACAGACAUUGAAAUAUGAAUUUUGUCAAGUCAACAUAAAACUUUCAUAUAUUGCCACGCAAGCUGUCUUUUGAACCUUAUAUCAAUGUUGUUGUUAUGAAGGUUUUCUUUUGUUGAAGUGUGUAUUUGUUAUGAUUCAACGCAUUUUGUAAUUUGUGAAUCUUAAACCCUUGUAUUGCCAAAAUAAUUCCUUCUAUUUAAAGGUUAAAUAGUCAUUUAACUUCAUACAUUCUUACUUAUGAAUUGCAAUAUGUAUAUUUGUAUGCAAACACAUUGAAAUUUCGACAUUUCUUUAGCCAAAAAAACUUGAGUCAAAACAUUCUUCAUUUUGGAUAUGUUGGUGGAUUUUAUGAAGAAACAAUUAUAGUGAAACAUUUACAGGCAUUUGUUUAACCAAUUUUUAUCAUUUGUUUCAAAAUAACAUCAAUAAUGCUUCCUUCAAAUCUGUUGUACUGUCAGCAAUGUUAUUUAUGGACACUCACAAUACCAACUUCCUGGCCAUAGAGGCAACAGUGUUGACUGAAUACUGAAUUUUAGUAAAUAUUGAAUAAAUUUGAAUUGUGCAUCAUAUGUAAAUUUGAUAGGGGCACAAAUGUUUUUAUUCGGCUAUAAACAUAUACGUUGUGGAUCAUUAUAAUUUGUGUUAAACAAAUUGACAAUACAUGUAUAGUUUUUGAUAUGUAAGGCUGUUGUUAUUUUCUUACACUGUAAUACAGCUCUCAAAAUAAAGCAUUUUAUACAUAUCAUAUCACAAAAUGUUAUGUUCGCAAGAUUGGCAACUGUGUUAUGAGUUCUUAUUGACUAAUCAAUGCUUAUUGAAACUGUAUCCAGACAAAUUUGAUUGUUGCAGUCAAACACCAAGAUUUCAGGGGUGCUGAUUUGAGUUAUUGCCAUGUAAGAAGAAAUGCCUGAAACAAAGAUUUUAUUCUGUUGGGGUUUUAAAAAUGUGUGUCAUGAUGUCAAAUGUUCUAUGUGAUGUACCAUUUAUUUUAUUGCAAAGUUCUGUAUAGAUGUGUAAUUGGUUAAAGAUCGUUUUAAGGUCUAUUUCAAUAUUAUAUAAAAUAUUGUUUUGCUAAUAUUCCUAGUGUUCAUCAUAACUAUAUUUUUCCAUCACUGACUAUCCUAACUUACAGAUUUAAUUAAUGAAGACCUUUGUAUAAGGUUUAAUUUUCUGAUCAGUUCUUCAAUUAAAAUUUUAUUUUUAGGUUAACAGUUACAUCAAUUAAAAUAGUAUGCUUGAAUCUCGUAUUUGUCCAAUAUUUGUCAUAUUAAUUCUAUUUUCUUUUAACAAAUGUAAAAACUAGGGAUCAUCAGGGUAAAAGGCUGCAUCCGACAGUUGAUAGAUACAAGCAGUAUCAUUCCAUAUAAAGUAGGAUCUUUUUUAGCUCGACUAUUAUAUAUGAAAUAUACAUGUAUAUAGUGGAGCUAUCCUACUCACCCCGGUGUCAGCAUGAGCGUUUCCGUGAGCGUUGGAAUGUUAAAGUUUGCGUACCACCUCAAAUAUUUUCUGUGUCCCUUGACAUAUUGCUUUUAUAUUUUGCAUACUUCUUUACCAACAUGACCCCAACCUAUAAACAAGAGCAGACAACUGUAUCAAGCAUUUUGUUUGAAUUAUGGCCCUUUUUUCACUUUGAAUAUACAUAUUAUUGAAAAAUCUAUGUUAAAGUUUGGCCCCUUCAAUACUUUACAACUUCUUUAAAACAUAAACGAUCAAUAUGUUUCAAUAAUGGUCCUCAUCCACUUUUUUUUUCCCCAUGAUGGCUUACAUUAUACUGUCAAGCACUCGAAUAGUCGAGCUUGCUGUCCUCUGACAAUUCUUGUUUCAUAGCUAAAUAAGACGUUACUUUGUGUAGAAAUUAAGCCUACUUUUAGUAAAAAUGUUCUUGGUCUGAUUUUGUAAUUGUUUCACAGGUAUAUUGACAGUUGUAGAAACCUAUCCUUUUCUUAUGAGAAAUUAUCAUUAUCUCAAUUGUAAAUGUGGUGUGUUGAAGAUGUAUUGUUGUAAAUGCAUUGUACAUGUGAUAUCAGUCGUUCUGUGUUUUGUGUUUUUGACCAGUUUGACAUGUUAUAGAUAUAUAAUUCUU